CCACUGCGCGGCGCUGCCGUCGCUAGCCAGUGCGGGAAGUGAGCUCAGUGUGGUUUCAGUCGUAGCAGAAGGAGGUAGUGCUCAGUGCUCAAUGUGCAGUAGUAGUGUAUCGCGCCAUCUACCAUCGGCUGCGCGCGUCACAUAACACAGGUGGAAUGAUGUCAAGUGUUUUACCAAGGCUUCUCUCAGCAUUUAUGUUACUACUAUCUGUUAGUGGUUCCUCUGCAUGUCAUAAGGCAUGUCAUUGCCAGUCUUACAAUGAGAAGUUUGAAAUAAUUUGUGCACAUAAUCUGAGCUCAUGGAAUGAUUGGCAAAUAAAGGAAAUCGUAUUUAGAGAUUCAUUAGAGUUGACCUGCAAGUCUGGGAUAUCGCCUGAAGAUGUAUAUGCGUGGAUUGACAGAAGGAAAAAUGACAGCGGACUACCACCUCUAGAACAUAUAAAAGUUGUAACACUGUCUGACUGCCCUCUGCCGCCCAAUGGUAUCCCACUUAAAGACAUUAUUGGCUUAGGACAUGAAGUUAAGAAGUUAUACUUCAAGUCUUGUGAUGGAAAAAGUUUCCAAAGAAGCCACUUCAGUGGACUAAAUGCAUCACUUACUCAUCUGACACUUUAUAAGUGUGAUAUCCAGUCACUACCAGCUGAUGUUUUCCAGGAACUUGGACUGCUGUUGGAGGAACUUGAUAUGCGUGAAAACUUCCUGGAAACUGUACCUUCAAAUAGCUUGGCUCCCCUUGGAGGUUUGAAAUAUUUGGAACUUAGCAAUAAUAGGAUACACACAAUAACUGAUGGAAGCUUUGUCAAUUUGCCUUCUCUCAAACUGCUGAACCUAUGGGGCAACAAGGAUCUUCAGUUAUUUCAUGGAUCACUGUUGGGUUUGAGGAAUCUUACAUCUCUUGAUCUAGGUGUCUGCAAUAUAAACUCCCUCCCAGAUGGACUUUUCUCUGACUUGAAAAACCUGCAGAAUAUCAGUUUGGUUGCAAACAAUUUUACAACUCUGCCAGAACGUUUAUUCUUACCUACUGACUUAAGAGUUCUGAAACUAUUCCAUAACAGACAGCAGCUACGGAUUCCAGACAAUUUACUUGCAAAUUUGAAGAACCUGAAGGAAGUUCAUAUGCACUCAAAUGGCAUAUCAGAAUUACCAGAAAAUUUGAUAUGGGAUUCUCCCAAUGUUUCUGUGCUCAAAUUACAGCAAAAUAAACUUACGAGAUUACCUCCAUCCUUGCUUAAGGGAAAACAUGAUCUGACUCAGCUGGACUUGAGUGAAAAUACAUUGGAAUCCAUACCUAAUGGUUUUUUUGAUACAGCAAAUAAACUAAAAACAAUAAAUUUAUCACGUAAUCGGAUACAAACUCUUCAAAGGGGAGUUCUACAUGGACUGCAACAUUUGUUGGAGUUAGACUUAUCUCGUAAUGAACUACGGGAAAUAAAGCCUCAAUCAUUUCCUGAUGCUGCCCGACUUGCUUCUCUUGAUCUUUCCCACAACAAGUUACGGGAUCUAUCAGCUUCAAAAGUAAACAUUGGAUUUGGGAAAUCGUCAGUGUUUAACACACUCAUACAUUUGGAAGAGCUCAAUCUAUCCAACAACUUUGUUUCAGAAAUUUAUUCUGACUGGAUGUUAUCGAUGCUCAAUCUUAAGAAACUCAAUCUGAGCUACAACAAUGUAACACAAAUUAGUGUGAAUGAAAUGCAGUUCCUUUCAAAUGGUGUGACGGUUGAUUUGAGAAGCAAUAACCUCACAGUGGUGAACUUGGAAAGUGCUGAUGCUAUUGCUAUUGCGCAAAGCAAUAAUAAACUGGUAAAGCCUCAUUUCAUACUAGCGGAUAAUACUGUGGACUGCUGUGCAUCGUUCCACCUUCUGAAAUAUGUACAUGGGAAUGUUCACCCUGCAGUUUACAACAUGUUUGAUAUUGAUGCUGAUGAAGCCACAUGUCUUACAACAAAAAGGCUCAUGUCGCAGACGAAGCUAGAAGAUAUCUUGUGUGAAGGACCUUGCUGUCUACCUCCAUGGGAAUGCAAGAUAAGACUGUGGGAUCGUGCCUGGCUCCUCAGAUGUGAAAAAUGUUGGAUAGAUGGAAGAAAACCUCCAGUUCCUUCAAAUUUUUCAUGCAAGCCUGGAGGAACAAAACAUUCUGAAGUUUAUCUACAUAAUAAUGAGUUUACUAGCAUACCAAAAGGUGUUCUGCAGCCUAAUCUAAAUAUAACAGCAUUGCACUUGUCUCACAACUGGCUGUCUGAGAUCAAUAUUCAUGAUAUAACACCAUUCCUUCAGGAACUGGAGCUUAAUCACAACUAUCUUCAGCAUCUGGAUGAUGAAGUUGUCGCUUUGAUUAAAACAAAAAAACCUCCAUUGCAGAAAAUUGUUUUGUCAGAGAAUCCUUGGGAAUGUGACUGCAGAACAAAGCAGCUACUUCAGUUCCUCCAAGAUGAUUAUGUGAAGGUAAUAGAUCGAAGAAAUAUAAGCUGCAGUGAUGGCCGUCCACUUCCAGAACUAACAAAUGACGAUCUUUGCCCACUGCCCAAAUUUGCAAUAAUAGUCAGCAGUGUAUGUCUCGCCAUGACAGGCAUUGCUGUUGGUCUUCUUGCCUUCUUAUAUCAUCGUUAUCAAGAGGAUGUGAAAGUUUGGCUCUACGCCAGGAAUUUAUGUCUGUGGUUCGUUACGGAGGAAGAACUUGAUCGUGACAAAAUGUACGAUGCUUUUGUCAGUUAUUCUCACAAGGAUGAGGAGUUUGUUGUAGAACAGUUGGUGAGAGGACUAGAAAAUGGUCCAGUUCCUUUCAAACUGUGCCUGCACUAUAGGGACUGGAUAGCAGGUGAAUGGAUUACAGAACAAAUUGCGCGGUCAAUUGAACGAUCGUGUAGGACGUUAGUUGUGCUUUCACCAAAUUUUCUUGAAAGUGUUUGGGGAAAAAUGGAAUUCAGAGCAGCUCACAAGAAAGCACUUGCUGAAGGCAGAGCAAGAGUUAUAAUUGUAAUGUACGGAGAGAUAGGGGAUAUGGAAAAGUUGGACCCUGAACUCAAAGCAUAUCUCUCUACAAACACGUAUGUUAAAUGGGGUGAUCCUUGGUUCUGGGAUAAGCUGAGGUAUGCAUUACCACACUCACAGAAACUACAUGGGGCCACCAGGAGUAGAACAGUAUCUGACAGAAUGGAACUUAUUGGCCCUGGAACACCAAGCCCAUUAGUAACACCAAUUGCUGAAGUGCAUAAUCCCUUGGAGCAACAACAACAAUGCAAUGUAAACUGUUACAAUAACAAGGCUUUCACUUAAGUGAUAUUGUGCUUAAGAUACUGCUCCCCCACCCCACAAAAAAAAUCACUUAUAGUAAAGACUGCAAAACUCAUGCAUUUGGGGAGAAGAAAAGGGGAAAGAGUGGAUGUUUGUUUGCGUGCAUGUGCGUGUGUGUCAGUGUCAAAGACUGGAUAUAUUUUACAAAAAUUCAUGUGUACCUGAUUUACUAGAAAGUCUUUCAAACCUAGCACACUAUGAAACGUAUAGUAAUUUAAGAUGAUGCAGCUAAAUGUGAACAGCAAAUAUUGUUUUUUUCAUUAGAACUGUUGUACGUGCCAUAUUUUAAGCCAAAGUCUAAAGAAUAAUGUCAAAUUUUUUUUUCUUAAGUAAUGGCAGCUUGCUUUAUCAACAAUGUUAAGUCUGAUUCAUUAUACUGACUACAUUGAUGGCACAAUGUAAUUAAAGAGACAGAACUGUCAGUAUCUCUUGUAAAAAUUUUAAGGUCUGAUUAUGUAUAUAAAUCUAUUAAUGUGUUCGUAAGUACAAAAAUUUAGCAUUUUUAAUUUAUUACUGUUAAGAGGGUACUUUGAAAUUUAGCACUGCAGACAACUCUGUAAACUUUUUCAGCAACCGAUGAGGGAUUCCAAGAAGGUGGGAAAAAUGGAUAAAGAUAAAAAAAUAUGUUUAAGGAAAAGAAAACAUAACCAAAAUAUCUUUGUGCAUGGCCUAUUCUCCACCACAGUUUAAAAAAUACGAACAAAUUUCUCACAGACAUCUGAGGGAUGCCUGCUUUAAGAAUUCUUUGUACAUCAAGUCACAGGUCUUA